AGAGAAAGAGGACUAAAUCAAAGUACAGUGGCUAACUAAUGUUGUUCCUCGCCUGCCCUGGUUAGAUCCAGAAACUUGUCCGAGUUGGCAUUUUUGACACCAUUGUCCCUCCAGCUGUAUAAAGCUAGCCCUUCACUCUCACGACUUCACAGACUAUUCUAGCAGGUCUAGAGGGGCCAAUGUCGACUCCUGCUUGAACGACCCCUGAUUGAUACAUUGCAAAGUAACCCCUCCAGAUUCGAAACCCAGCGAUAUAAGUGAACCCCAACUCCAACUCCAAUCCGCUCUCGAAUACUGGGCUGCCUCUAGUCGCAAGCAAUCAAACUACAACACAACAUGGUACGCUUGCGGGAGAUCUCGCGCACGGCGGCCUUUGCCUGGUCUCCUGGUGCUGCCAAGCCCCUCCUAGUUACUGGCACACGAGCUGGCGCUGUUGACGCCGACUUCUCAGACGAGACAAAGCUCGAGCUCUGGGAUCUGAACCUCGACAACCAAGAUCAAGGACUGGAACUCCAGCCCAUUGCGAGCAUCGUUGCAGACUCGAGGUUCUACGACAUCGCAUGGGGUCCCCCAACAGAAGACUACGCCCAGGGCAUCAUUGCUGGCGCCCUCGAAAACGGAGCACUUGACCUUUGGGAUGCCGAGAAGCUCAUCCAGGGAUCGUCCGAUGCUCUAAUCGCCCGCACCACCAAGCAUACCGGUGCCAUCAAGUCUCUGCAGUUCAAUCCUCUGCGGCCUCAGAUCCUCGCAACCGCGGGCGCCAAGGGAGAGCUCUUCAUCUACGACGUCAACGAUCCUUCCAAUGCGUUCCGCCUCGGCAACACCGCCGCUCGAUCCGACGACCUCGAAUGCGUGGCAUGGAAUCGGAAGGUCUCUCACAUCUUGGCCACUGGUGGCAGUGGUGGAUUUGUCACAGUCUGGGAUUUGAAGACCAAGAAGGCAUCAUUGACUUUGAACAAUAACAGGAAGGCUGUCAGUGCAAUUGCCUGGGAUCCGAACAAUUCCACCAAGCUGCUGACUGCCACCCCUGACGACAAUGCUCCUCACAUUCUGCUGUGGGACCUUCGCAACUCCAAUGCGCCCGAAAGGACACUUCAGGGACACGAGCAGGGAGUCCUGUCGCUGUCUUGGUGCCAGCAGGAUGCUGAUCUGCUACUGUCUUGCGGCAAGGACAACCGCACCUUGAUCUGGAACCCCCAGACUGGCGAGCGCUACGGAGAAUUCCCCGAGGUUACGAACUGGACUUUCUUGACUCGUUUUAACCCGCACAAUCCCAAUCUCUCGGCCACCGCCGGCUUUGAUGGCAAGAUCACAAUUCAGACUCUCCAAAAUACCAACCCUGCCGCUGUACAAGCCAGCACCCAGAGCAACUUGGAUGGCGAGGAUUUCUUCACCCAAGCCCAAACCCAGCCUCAAGAAGCCACUUUCUCCCUAACCGCAGCACCCAAGUGGUUUGAGAAACCAGUUGGUGCCUCGUUCGGAUUUGGUGGCAAACUCAUCAUUUUCAAGCCAAACACGGCGCAGCCUGGUUUAAAACGGUCUUCUAAGGUUACCAUUGAGCAGUUCACGGUCGAUUCGGACAUCGGUUCGGGCACUGAGAAAUUCGAGGAAUCCUUGAAAGGAGGUAACCUCGCCGGGAUCUGCGAGUCGCACAAGGAGCAAGCGAAAACCGAGGAGGAGAAGGCAGAAUGGAGCGUGAUAGAGACCCUGCUUGCCGACAAUCCUCGAAAGCAGAUCGUCGAUUACCUUGGCUUCUCACAAGUCGAGGAAGAAAAGACUACCAACGGGGCUGUUGAGGAGUCGGAGACCAAGGAACCAAAAUCAGAGGUAGAGGCAGACAAGCCUGCCCCGAAGAAGGGCCACAAGAAGAACCGUCUGUCCAUGUUCUUCUCCGAAGGUGCCGAGAAUGAAGGCGACGACUUCUUGGCUGAGCUCUCCGCGACCAAGGGUGCCAAGACCGACAAUCCAUUCCAUCUAUUUGCCGAAGGGGAUACUUCAGUUGAGAAGUCCAUUACCAAGGCUUUGAUGCUGGGACACUUUGAGAAGGCUACGGCGAUCUGCCUCAAGGAAGAGAGAAUGGCUGAUGCUUUCAUGAUUGCUAACUGUGGUGGAAAGGAGCUGGUUGACAAGGUUCAGUCAGCCUAUCUCACCCAAAAGGUCGGGAUGCCCAGCUACCUCCGCCUUCUGAGCUCUGUCAUUGUCAAGAACCUCUGGGAUGUUGUCUACAAUGCCGAUUUAGCCGACUGGAAGGAGACGAUGGUCACACUCUGCACUUAUGCCAGCCCGGAAGAGUUCUCCGAUCUUUGUGAGGCUUUGGGUGAUCGCAUCUUCGAGUCUGGCUCACGACAAGAUGCUUCAUUCUGCUAUUUGGUUGGUCGCAAGCUUGAGAAGGUUGUAAGCAUCUGGAUCUCUGAGCUUGACGAAGCUGAGAAGGCUGGUCUGGCGGAGGGCAACGACUCCUCGUACUCCAUUCAUGCCAAAACAUUACAGCAAUUCAUCGAGAAGGUCUCUAUCUUCCGCGAAGUCACCAAAUUCCAGGAUGCUGAGACUGGCCUUGGCUCCGACUGGAAGUUGGCCUCAUUGUAUGACAAGUACCUUGAGUAUGCUGAUAUUGUGGCGGGCCACGGACACUUGGCCGUCGCUCAAAAGUACCUAAACCUGCUUCCCAGCACGUAUCCUGCUGCUGAUAUAGCACGUAACCGACUCAAUCUGGCUACCCAGAAGAAAGCACAACAGCCCACGGUCAACACGCGGGCAGCUACUCGCCAAGCUGCCAACUUUGGGUACCAAGCAACAGCCCAGCCGGCGUCAACCCCACUGAACUCAUACGUUUCUCCUGCCGCUCAGACUCAUGCAGCGAACCCUUACGCUGCACCCCAAGCUCCUACCCCAUAUGCGGCACCCCAAGCUCCUAACCCUUAUUCCGCGCCGCAGGUCUCCAACCUCUACGCGCCAUCGCAGCCUGCCGCAAGCCCAUACGCACCAUCGGGUUAUCAGCCUAGCCCAGCUCUCCAGCCCUCUGGAUAUGCCCCGUCUGGCUAUGCUCCGCCAGUCCAGAACUUUGGCGUACCGCCCCCUCAAAACUUGAGCGCGCCACCACGGGCAGGCACACCAUCCCACAACCCGGUUAUCAAGAAGGACCAAGGGCAAUGGAACGACAUUCCAUUCGUGACGAAGGCUCAGCCAGCAAGACGGACACCUGCUCCAGCUGCUAUCACGCAACCUUUCGGCGCACAAGGUACCCAGGCUGGACCACCUCAAAGCCCCGCUGGCCCGCCUCGAGGUGUCGGCACACCACCUCCACCUCCUCCUAAAGCAGGAUCUGUAGGACCUCCUCACGCACGUGUCAUGUCGCCUUUGGGAGGACCACCACAGGCCGGGCAAUUUGCUCCUCCCCCUCGGCCAGGCUCAGCUGCUGCUAAUGCAUACGCACCGCAUCCCUCCUCCCAAGCUGCUCCUGGCGGCCUUGGUAUGCCGCCGCCAAUGGGCAAUGUUGUUCCCAGAACGGCUUCCCCCUAUGGGGCACCUCCAGCUGCUGCACCACCCAGCAGCCGGUACGCGCCAUCACCGGUAGCGCAUGUCAGUCAACCGCCUCAGCAACCAGGCAUAGGGCCACCCCCAGGAAACCGACCGCCGCCACCAAACCCCUAUGCGCCUUCCCAAGCGAUGCCUGCCCAGAGCCCGUACGCCGCAUCCCCAUACGCUGCAGCACCUCAACAGCAAGCACCACCUCCAACUGGGCCACCCCCUAUGGCUGGCCCUCCCAAGGCUGGACCACCACGGGCUGCCGCAUCACCAGCACCAGCUCCGCCACAGGCGGCGGCGUCGCCGAAGGCGAAGCACCCUGCUGGAGAUCGCUCGCACGUUCCCGCCAGUGCUCAGCAAUUAGUCGAUAUCCUAAGCCGCGACAUGCAGCGUGUCGCCGGAAAGGCGCCACAAUCGUUUGCACCACAAGUUAAAGAUACCCAGAAGCGUCUAGGUCUACUUUUCGACCAUCUCAACAACGAGGAACUUGUGAAGCCCGAUACUAUUGAACAACUGACACAGCUCGCACACGCUCUGGAGGGCAAGAACUUCCCCGAAGCUCAGAGAUUACAGCUCGAAAUCCAGACUGCCAAGACAGAUGAAUGCGGUAAUUGGAUGGUUGGUAUCAAGCGAUUGAUUUCCAUGAGCAAGGCAACGUCAUAAGACACGCAGAUGGGGAUGGCAUUAGAGAUAGAAGAAGACACUCGCACGUGAGCCAUGAAGCACGAGAGCAGUUGGUUGUUACCUCGAUUUUGUGGUUCACAUUGGUCAGCAAAUAUAUGUAGAAAAGCGCUGCUUCUUAUUUGAUGUCAGCUGAAAUUCCAGAAGUCAUGAAUGUUCAA